GGCUGAGUCUCCAGCUCAAGGUCAAAACGUCCAAGGCCGAAAGCCCUCCAGUUUCCCCUGGACACCUUGCUCCUGCUUCUGCUACGACCUUCUGGGGAACGCGAAUUUCUCAUUUUCUUCUUAAAUUGCCAUUUUCGCUUUAGGAGAUGAAUGUUUUCCUUUGGCUGUUUUGGCAGUGACUCUGAAUUAAAGCGAUGCUAACGCCUCUUUUCCCCCUAAUUGUUAAAAGCUAUGGACUGCAGGAAGAUGGCCCGCUUCUCUUACAGUGUGAUUUGGAUCAUGGCCAUUUCUAAAGCCUUUGAACUGGGAUUAGUUGCCGGGCUGGGCCAUCAGGAAUUUGCUCGUCCAUCUCGGGGAGACUGGCCCCAGGAGGAGCCUGCAAUUCGGCCUCGGUCUUCCCAGCGUGUGCCGCCCAUGGGAAUACAGCACAGUAAGGAGCUAAACAGAACCUGCUGCCUGAAUGGGGGAACCUGCAUGCUGGAGUCCUUUUGUGCCUGCCCUCCCUCCUUCUACGGACGGAACUGUGAGCACGAUGUGCGCAAAGAGAACUGUGGGUCUGUGCCCCAUGACACCUGGCUGCCCAAGAAGUGUUCCCUGUGUAAAUGCUGGCACGGUCAGCUCCGCUGCUUUCCUCAGGCAUUUCUACCCGGCUGUGAUGGCCUUGUGAUGGAUGAGCACCUCGUGGCUUCCAGGACUCCAGAACUACCACCGUCUGCACGUACUACCACUUUUAUGCUAGCUGGCAUCUGCCUUUCUAUACAAAGCUACUAUUAAUCGACAUUGACCUAUUUCCAGAAAUACAAUUUUAGAUAUUAU